GCGACGGGUCCUUCCGGGGGUGACAUUCAGCGGGUGGUUCGGGGAGACCUACCUUCCACCUUAGACCAUGGCCAAGUUCAUCCGUAACUUCGCGGAGAAGGCACCGUCGAUGGUGGCCGCUGCUGUGACUUACUCGAAGCCUCGAUUGGCCACAUUUUGGCACUACGCCAAGGUUGAGCUGGUUCCCCCAACCCCUGGUGAAAUCCCUACAGCUAUUCAGAGUAUGAAAAAAAUAAUUCAAAGUGCUAAAACUGGUAGCUUCAAACACCUUACAGUUAAGGAAGCUGUGCUGAAUGGUUUGGUGGCCACUGAGGUGUGGAUGUGGUUUUUUGUCGGAGAGAUCAUAGGCAAACGUGGCAUUGUUGGCUAUGAUGUUUGAAGACCAAUCUUUAACUUCCCAUUUGAGUUCUUAUUUGAAUGUUCUUGGACCAUGUGUAAUAGGACUGCUAUCUGAAUAAAAUACUAGGUGUCAAAUA